AUGAGUCUUACCAAGUACACCAACGGCUUCAUCUGUGACGACGGCCGCCUCACUCAAGGCAGUGUGUACGUCGACAAUGCCACCCAGAAGAUUGUGGCUGCCCCGACCUCCGAUGCCAAGGUGACGAAAGUGGUCGACCUCCACGGCGAGAUUUUAGCUCCAGGCUAUAUCGACAUUCAGAAUAACGGUAUCUACGGGGUCAACUUCUCCAACUUGACUUCCGACGCUUCCGACGCCGAUACUCGCCGGUUCGAACGCGACUACCACCAGGCGAUGAAGCAGUAUUUGACCACGGGGGUCACGCUGAUCUGCCCCACCGUCACGUCAAACUUCCCCAAAGUGUACCCGAAGGUGUUGCCGAUGUACCACCGCAAUCGGACCAGCGACGAGUGUGAUUCGUUAGGUGCUCACUUGGAAGGUCCCUUUAUUAACCGCGAGAAGAAAGGGUGUCAUCCCGUAGAAACGUUUGUUGACGCUGCCGAAGGAAAGACUAAGCUUGAAGCGAUCUACGGUGAUACCAUGGACCACGUGUGUAUCAUCACUGCCGCACCGGAGAUCCCCGGGGUGAUGGACUUAAUCCCCACCAUUAAACAGGCCGGCGUCGUCUACUCAAUUGGCCACACCAUGGCCGACCACGCCACUGCCACCAACGCCGUACGCAAGGGCGCUCUGAUGGUUACCCACAUGUAUAACGCCAUGCCCCAGCCGCACCACCGUAACGCCGGGGUGGUGGGGUUAAUGACCACUCCCGACAUCGAAACGCCUUACUAUGGUCUUAUCUGUGAUGGGAUACACGUCGACCCGCUGAUGGCUCGUUUAGCCUACGCUGCUAACCCGGAUAAGGUGGUUUUGGUCACUGACGCUAUGCACUUAAUUGGCCUAGACGACGGUGCUUACCAGUGGGACGGCCAGGUGGUGAUUAAAGAUGGCUACCGUCUCACAUUGAAGGGUACCGAUACCUUAGCAGGCUCAGCCACCACGUUACCGGCGUGUGUGCGUAAUUUGAAGCAGUGGGCUAAUUUGUCGUUAGCGCAAGCGGUGAAGACGUGUACCAAUAAUGCUGCCGACUCCAUCGGCGUUAGUGAUAGCAAAGGGUAUCUCCGUCCCGGGUGCGAUGCCGAUUUCGUCGUCCUUGACCACCAAGGGUACGUGAAGCGGGUGUUUAAGCUUGGUAACGAGGUGGCGUCGCUGGAUGUGCAACCUCAGGCGCAGGUGCGUGCCCACUUGUAG